CCAACAAUCUGCGUUACUUUUUCUUUUGUGAAACCAGGCGUCACCCUCGACGGAUCUGUUUCUCUGCAAUUAGUUUGGCAGAGUAACGCAUAGUGAUGUCAAACAAAAAAAAACAAAUGAAGUUAAUAAGGAAACAAUCUUGGAUUUAAAGAAUCAAACCCCCCCCCCCACCCCCAUUCUUCGAUUUGAUUUCCAGAGACAAUAGAAAAGAACAGAAAUGAGCGAUGGAGAGAACUCGGUGAUGGAAAUCGAAGAGGCUAAAAAAACUGAUACAAGAACAGAGUCGACAUCCAUAGAAGAAACAGAGGGACACGCUACGGAUUUGAGGACGAGGGAAUCUUAUGGAAGGACUGAUCGGAGACGAGAAAGAGAUCCAAGAUCCUCGGGAGAAAAGAUGGUAAAGUGUCGACACGGUUUUCUCAGGAGAAUGCAACUCAGACGAGUGAAUAUCCAGCUCGCACCGGUGUAGGAGAUAGUUACUAUUACCUAAAAAACGGUCGUUGUGGCUUUAGACUAAGUUGCAGAUUCAACCAUCCACCGGUGAGUGGAAACACAAAGAAAGAUUACUUUACUGUGUCUUAUUAGUUUCAAGAUAUCCUCUGUUGUCUAUUUUCUUUAGUACAUCGAAAUCAGAUGAGAUAUGGCAUGGUGCAACCGAGUCCCUAUCCAGUUUCUCCACAUCUUCCUGAGAGUAGUCAGAUGAGACAUGAAAUGGUGCAACCGAGUCCCUAUCCAGGUGCAAGAGAUUGUAGACAAUAUCUACAAACUCGGCGGUGUAGCUAUGGACCUAAGUGCCGAUUCAACCAUCCUCAUGCACCGGUAAGAAAGAAAGAAAGCAAAUUAUCUACACUUUUUGCUGAGUAUAAGUUUCAGUCUCCUUAAUGGAUGGUUUAUUGAUGAUGUGAAAAAUACACAUAGUUUUCCCUAAUGCAUGGUGGCAAUCAAUUCACUCCACUACAUGUUCUUCAAUGCGUAUUUUUCACAUCCACUAUCAAGUGAUUUGACUAUAUAAUAAGAUGUCUAGAUCCUAGAGCAAA